GUCGGAUUAGUGAAUACUAAAUCAGCUGGGACAAGUAACGAGAAGUCAUGUUGCUGUUAGGUGCGGGCAAUACGGAUGCCCUUCCGUGACCUUCAGUCUAAUGACCCUAACUAAAAGUCUACUGGAGGGUCUUGAUGACAGUAUUGCUGAAAGGGGAUUCUCCGUUGUUGAAGACGAAUAUUUUCAAGCUGCAGUUCCAAACCACCUUUUUGAUGCUAGCAAUUUGGUUUCAAACGAACUUACGCUGAUAUCAAAUAUUGUUAAAAGUGAUAUUUCAAAGUCUUCAUACUAUCAUGGAAGUUCGGAGUUAUACCAGUUAUUGGAUUUAUUGAUCAGAAGUUUUGAAAACAUCGUUAGUAAACACGAUGACUUAAUUAAAUAUCUAGUUACAAUAGAUAAAGAAGAGUCUUAUUUACCUAUUUCACUUACGUCCCACAAAAAGGCAGUUGAAACGAUUAUGUCAUUGGACUUCUGUUUAACUAGUCAGUCUUCAGCUAACAGCACGUUCGAUUCCCGAAAAAGACUUAUGGAGUUAGUCUUGGAUUCGAAAAAUAACAUUGAGAAGUUAACAAGUUUCAAUCAGAAUUUGUCUUUACUAGCCUGUCAGCUUAAUGAAGCUAGUAGUUUAUUAAAUGGUGAAAUGGAUUAACCUUUCACUACAUGGAGACACAAGGAAGGGUAGAAUUGUAUAUAUUAACUGUUUUUAAUCCAAACUGGAUACCAUUAAUAUUUUUAAUCACUACGUUUAUCAUUUGGGUUGAUUACUCGUAAGACUGAUCGUGUUUUAUUGAAAGUUGUUACAUUAUCAACUGUAUCAAAAUAUACAUUUGUUUGACAUUUUGAUGUAUUAUGAUAAGGAUUGAUGGAUUCCGAUUUAAUAAAUCGUCUUCGUCGAUUUGGUGAUGAAUCUAACUUUGGAACCGAUCUCAAAGGCUUCAAGGGAAUGGG